GCCAACAUUUCCUGUGUUCCAUAUCUGGAAUGAACUACCCAUUGGAGCAAAGUAAUGCAGGAGGGGAGUGGUUGCGUUAUGAGGUCACGGUGCGAGACUGCACCGAGCCAGCAGCGGGCGGAUAGAGUCCCGCAACAGAGAAGCAUAAACAUGAGCCCGAGGAACACAGCAGACACGAGAGCAGGAAACGUUUGAUUUCAACAGACGUAGCUAAGUGAACCAGUGCCAGCGACCAAAUAAUAGCGCUACUUUCGCCUUUAAAGGGAUUUUUUGGAAACAUCGCACAUCGGUUUUUGGAGCUUGGAAGGCGCAGAAGAGAACAAAAUUCCCCCAGCUUGCAUAAAAAGACUAAGAGACGCGGGGAGACAGAGAGUGGGAGAGAGACAGAGACAGAGACAGAGACGCAUGAGUCCAGAAAAGAAAGUUGUUUCGGAAAACAAACUAGAAGGAACUCCGAGAGUGUAAUAGCAUAGCGCACUAAAAACCAUGCUGUCUCCUUACAGCGUGGGGUAGUUGCCGUUUCUCACACAGUUGAACGGAUCGCUCAUUUAGUGGUUUGAAAUCCUUCUCAACAAAAGUUUGUCGUGCGGGACGUGUAAACCAAUACAACAGAAAUACGGACAUUUUUACGGGAAUUGCAAGCCCCUCUACAUGCCAGUUUAGAACGGUGUGUUCUUUCAUUAGGGUCGUUUCCACAAGGUUUUAUCUCUCAGGAUUGAUUUGGGGGAAUCGGGAGUGGGUUUGGAUUAUAUAUUUUCCACUUUUGCUACAUGGCCUCCUCCAGGAUGUAUCUUCUAGCGAAAUGCAUUCUCAUCUUCCAACUUAUGAUCUUGAUUGCGAAGAACAGCCGGGCGUUGUUAUGCCUGCCGUGCGACGAGUAAUGCGAGGAACCGAAGCAGUGUAAGGGGGCCGUGGUGCCUGGCAUCUGCGGGUGCUGCACGGUCUGCGCCAAGCAGAAGAACGAGAGCUGCGGCGGCAUGUACGGUCUGUAUGGGACCUGCGACCGGGGGCUCCGGUGCGUGAUCAGACCCCUGGUCAACGGCGGCUUCAUCACGCAGUUUGAGGUUGGAGUUUGCGAAGAUGAAAACUGGGACGACGACCAGCUUUUGGGAUUCGAGCCGUGCAACGAGAACCUGGUGACUGGCUGCAACAUCAUUGAUGGGAAGUGUGAAUGCGAUAGCCUCCGGACGUGCAACAACCCAUUUGAGUUCCCCAGCCAAGAUACCUGCCAGACAGCCCUGAAGAAGAUCGAAGAGGAGCGACCGGACUGCUCGAAGGCGCGCUGCGAGGUGCAGUUCUCCCCGCGCUGCCCGGAGGACUCGGUGCUGAUCGAGGGCUACGCCCCGCCGGGCGAGUGUUGCCCGCUGCCCAGCCGCUGCGUCUGCAGCCCCGCCGGGUGCCUACGCAAGGUGUGCCAGCCUGGCUACCUCAACAUCCUGGUGUCCAAGGGCUCGGGCAAGCCCGGCGAGUGCUGCGACCUGUACGAGUGCAAGCCAGUGUUCAGUGUGGACUGCACCACAGUGGAGUGCCCCCCUCUCCAGCCGGUGCAGUGUCCAGCCGACAGCUACGAGACGCAGGUGCGACUUACUGCGGACGGCUGCUGCACGCUGCCCACAAGGUGUGAGUGUUUGCCCGGUCUGUGUGGCUUCCCUCAGUGCCCGGCUGGAUCUUCCCCUCAGGUCAUCUCCCGUGGCGACGGUACCCCUGGGAGGUGCUGCGAUGUGUUCGAGUGUGUCAACGAGACCCACCCGGCGUGCACCUUUAACGGGGUCGAGUACCAGGAUGGAGACAUGUUCCGCAUGGACGCCUGCCGCUUCUGCCGCUGCCAGGGGGGCGUGUCUGUGUGCUUCACCGCCCAGUGUGGCGUCCUCCACUGCGAGCGCUACUACGUCCCCGAGGGCGAGUGCUGCCCCGUGUGUGAAGACCCCAUCUACCCGGUGCUCAACUUCGCCGGUUGCUACGUCAACGGGCAGAUCCUGGCGCACGGGGACCACUGGCGCGAGGACGACUGCACCUUCUGCCAGUGCGUGAGCGGCGAUGCCCGCUGCGUGGCGGCCGCCUGCGGGCACAGCUGCCUCCACCCGGUCACCGUGCCCGGCGAGUGCUGCCCCGUUUGCGAAGAGCCGUCCUACAUCACAAUGGCGCCCCCUGCCUGCGGUGUGCUGAAGAACUGCUCGCUGUCAGAGCACGAUUGUCUCUACGGCUUCCGUCUGGACGCCUCUGGCUGCCGCACCUGCCACUGCAAGACCCGUGAGGAGCUGUGCAGCGGUCUGAUCGCCGGCUGCACCCUCAAGUGCCCGUUUGGCUCCCAGACGGACGCCCACGGCUGCCCGCUGUGCCAGUGUCGCCCGCGCCCCAAGAAGUGCAAGGCUGUGGCCUGCGAGAAGGAGUGUCCCUUUGGCUUCAUAAAGAAUAAGCAUGGCUGUGACCUGUGCCGCUGCAAGAAGUGUCCAGAGCUGCCGUGUGACAAGACCUGUCCAAUGGGCUUCCAGCAGGACCAGCUGGGCUGUCUGAUUUGCCAGUGCAGAGAUCAAACCGUGUCGUCGGUGGCGCCGUCGGUGAAGCUUGGCUCGUGCCUGUCCAUGGACGGCCGUCGCCACGAGAACGGCGAGAACUGGCACGACGGCUGCCGUGACUGCUACUGCCACAACGGCCGGGAGAUGUGCGCCCUCAUCUCGUGCCCUGUGCCCGCCUGCGAGAGCCCCACCAUCCGCCCCGGCCAGUGCUGCCCUUCGUGUCCAGACGAGCCGAGCUCCCACAAGCCUGUUCUGAGCGACUCGUCGGUGUGCCUGGCGCCCGGGGGGGAGUACUUCGUGGAGGGCGAGACCUGGAACAUCGACUCGUGCACGCAGUGCACCUGCCACAGUGGGAGGGUGCUGUGUGAGGCCGAGGUGUGCCCGCCCCUGCUGUGCCAGAACCCAAUCAGGUCGCAGGACUCCUGCUGUCCGCACUGCCCCGAGGAGCCCGUGACCCCGCAGUCGCCCAGCAACGACAGCAUGCCCAGCUACUGCCGCAACGAGGAGGGCGACAUCUUCCUGGCGGCCGAGUCGUGGAAGCCCAACAUGUGCUCCAGCUGCGUGUGUCUGGACGGCACCAUCAGCUGCUUCUCCGAGACGUGCCCGCCGGUGGCCUGCGCCCGGCCUGUGCUCAGGAAGGGGCAGUGCUGCCCCUACUGCCUGGACGCCACCCCCAAAGCCGUGUGCCACUUCAACGGGAAGACGUACAUGGACGAGGAGCGCUGGGACAUUGACAGCUGCACACACUGCUACUGCCUGCAGGGCCAGACGCUCUGCUCCACCGUCAGCUGCCCCGCCCUGCCCUGCCACCAGCCAAUCAUCGUGGAGGGCAGCUGCUGUCCCAUGUGCCCCGAGAUGUAUGCUCCCACCAACGUCCCCAUCGAGAAGACGGACCAGCGAGGGGACAAACUUCCUCACCAGCCUGCCUGGCCUACCCACAGCGAGAAUGACAUCAUGCCCCAGUUUAGAGGUGACUUUGGCAGCCUGCAGAUGCCCUACCUGGACGGCAAGGUGCCGCUGCACAACGAGGAGGGCAGGCUGCAGUCGGUGGCCUGGGUGGCGCUGCCCGUGGCCAUGAUGCUGCUCGUCAUCGCCACCCUGCUGCUGCUCAACCAGAAGAAGCAGUGGAUCCACGUGCCCUGCUACCGCGCCCCCACCAAGCCCACCUGUCUAAAUAACCAGCUGGUGUACGUGGACUGCCAGAAGGGCACCAAGGUGCAGGUGGACCAGGCCCAGCGGAUGCUGCGGAUGGCCGACCCAGACUCCAGAUACAGCGGCUACUACAGCAUGCAGAAGCACAACAACCUGCAGGCAGACAACUUCUACCAGACUGCCUGAGCCAGAGAUGGAUGGAUGGAUGGAGAGAGAGAGAGAGAGAGAGAGACUGAGAGAGAGAGAAAUGGAAAGACACAGAGAGAGAGAGGAGAAAAGGAAGAGACAUUGAGUGAGUGACCUGCAGCAGCCCAAACACAGAGAACAUGUGACCAUCCGACUUGAGAGUGCUGGGAAGAACGAGAGAAAGACCGGAGAGAAAGAGAGAAAGAGCGGAGAGAAAGAGGGAUGAAACGAAAGACUUUGGCCCAAACAAUCCACACACCAAAACCAACAGAGAGAACAGAGACCAGUAAAAGCAACAAAACUCCAGACAUUUACAAGACAAACAAACAAACAUUUAUAAAACAAACAAAAACAAACAAACAAACAAAAUACAAGACAGCUGACAAUCUUAUCCAGACAUGAAAAUCCACAAACCAAAUCCAGGAAUGAUGAUAAUUAUUUGAAUGGGAGAUGAGAACUGUUCCUAAGUAUAUGUGUGACGGAGAUAGGUGCAUGUGUGUUUGUGUGCGUGUGUGCUUGUGUGAAUGCUUAUUUGUGUGUGUGUGUGUGUGUGUGUGUGUGUGUGUGUGUGCAGGUGCAGGCGUGUUCAUUUGAAAUCAAAUAUAUGUGGGAUUAGGCCGAUUUUUGUUUGUUUUAACAGUAAUCUUUUCCUGCAUUCCUGUUAAGCUGUGUUUCUUUUGGGAAGAUGAGAGGUGUUUUUCGAGGACACGACGACGACGACGACACUCCCUCCUGUGUACGUGCCAGUGAGACUGUGGACGCUAGCUUGACCCGCUGUACCAAAGCUCUUUUUCUAUCCCACAAUAGCCACCCAUCCCCCACGAGGGCUCUAGUCGCGGGAACCUUGUGGUCUUCCUGGAGCACAGUGAAAGAAAAGGGAGAGGAGAGGAAAGAAGAGACAGAGAAAACACUAUAAAGAGCGAGACAGGGAAAGAGAGAGAGGGGGGGGGGGGGGGGUCUAGAUAGUGAGAUAGACCCAGUACAGAAACCCACCUCUCUGUGGCUUCUGCCCCGCGCGCGCGUCAUGAACUGAUCCCAUAGUUUGGUUUGCCGUCACAAGGCACGGAGGAGGAAACGAAAGACAAGAUGAGGAGGAGGAGGAGGAGGAGGCACCACCACGUCAGCACUCUUCAUCGUCAUCAUUUGGACUUGGCGCCAGAGUCUUUAGGCUUCUCGUAUUUUUACUUCUUUAUUAUUUGUGGGCUUUUUGUGUAGAGCCAUUGAUUUUUGAACGCGCCCCUCCGCCGAGAGUGAAACCAGAGACGGGGGGGAGGCUUACUCUGCAGGGGAUCAGCUCCGUGCUCCACUCCUUAAUCUUCAGCGUCCUGUUCGAUCCGAGUCAUUCUCACACUCCACACCAUGGUGUAUUUGUGUUUUGAUAACCAGUAUGAAGUGAGAUUAGGACAGAGCAUUGCGCGCAGGUGACUGGUUUGGAUUUGAGCAUAAUGCUUUUACAAGUGCUGCUUUUGUUUUUAAUCUUUGCCGUUGUUUCUAUUCGAGUCCACUAGGGGGGGCUCUACGCCUGCGUAUAGAUCAUGAUUCAGCCUCUCCACUAGAGAAGAAGACACAGCUGUCACGAAACAUGAUAGAAUCAAAGAGAAGCGUUCAAAUGUUAUUUUUUCUCUUUCUUUCAAGACAAAUGCAAUUAUUCUUUGAUUCUUUUGUCCUUUGUGUUUUUAACAUAUGUCCCUGUUUGAAGACGUUUCACAAUGAUGGCGUUACCGAAGCACCUUCUGUGGUGAUCGUAUUUGUUUGAUACGUAAUUGGCUUUGAACAGAUCUUUUGAAAUGCAUUAUAGGAACAUUUGCAGUGUGUACAUAGCAAUCCUACAACGGAAGACCGGGGAUAAAUGUGUGAAUAUACAUGUAUGUAUGUAAUGUAUGUAAUGUGUGUAUGUGUGUGUGUGUGUGUGUGUGUGUGUGUUUGUGUGUGUGUGUGUGUGUGUGUGGGGGUGGGUGUGAAUAUUUGACAGCAUGUGUGUUCAAUUUAUGUGCACAGCAACCCACACGCAUGUACAUUCUGAUUUUCAUUUUAUUAUUUUGCUCCUUCACUCUUAAUAUUUCAUUUUCCUGUUGAAUGUAUUUAUAAUGCAGAAAAAAAAAAUCGUGUUUUUUUUUUGUUGAUUAUCUUAAGCAACAGCUGAGGUAACUAGUGGUAACGGGCGUUCCUCUGCCUUGUCUGUUUGCUCGGGAGAGCUGAGUAAAAGAAAAGAAAGAAAGAAAGAAAGGAAGGAAGGAAGGAAGAAAAGACAAACAUCUCAGUAUAUUUUUUUAAAUUGUGUCUUGUCCACAAGUGCUCUGCUCAUGUCCCCCGUAGCGUGUGUCCAGUACGUCAUCUGAACAUGGUGGAGCUCUGAAUCGGAACAGUGUCCCUCGUCUCUCUGUUCUUCUCCAGCAUUGUUUUUGCUUCUGAUGUCCAAACCACUGGAAAGUCGAUCGGCAUAAGCUGUAAAAGAGAGAGAGAGAGAGAGAGAGAGAGAGAGAGAGAGAGAGAGAGAGAAAAGGGAGGGGUGGGAGGGGAGGGCAGGGAAAAGGGGAGGAGAGAGGGAUGGUUGUAGACUUGUGAUAGGUCGUCUUUUGGGUGUAUUUAAAUCUGUCUGGCGAUGUUGUUAGUAGAAUUCUUGGCACUUUUAUAUAGAGAGAAAUGAACCUUUUGUGUGGGUGUGUGUGUGUGUGUGUGUGUGUGUGAGUGUGUGUGAGAGAGUGAGCGUGUGUGUGCCUUUUUUAUUGUUAGUCUUUUUUUAAAACAACUGCUUGUCUUUGAAAGUCUUGCCCUUUGAAACCCUGUGAGACCCAGUGCUGUGGUGUGUUUAGGACUCGUUAGUUUUACAAACAACACACACACUCACACACACACACACGCACACACGCACGCACGUGCACACAAACACACACUUCUACCAAUGAGCAUGCAAGCACUCCAACACAUACACUGACACACACCUGGAGCACAGAUCAGUAAACGGCCAUAUGCACAAUAGUCAACAGGAUGCCAGGAACGCUUGUCUAAGGGAGAGAUGUUGCCUUUCAUAUGUAUAUGCAGACAUUAGUAGGUCACCAGUGUGUUCACACACACACACACACACACACACACACACACACACACACACACAUAAACACACUCCACUCUUUUUUCAGACAUUGUAGAGCACUGGGAAGCACUUCUCCAGUAAUGCAUUGCCUCAUGCCACCUUAGAGCGUCAUUAUUAUUACAUUAUCCCCUGUAACACUUCGUAGGGUGUGUGUGAGAGAGAGAGAGUGAGUGUGUGUCCAUGUUCAUGCGUGGGUUCAUGCGUCCUGUGUGGUUGUGUAUGGUGAGAGCUGUGUCUUUGAGUGUGUGUGUGUGUGUGUGUGUGUGUGUGUGUGAGGUUGAUGUUGACGGUUACCGAAGUUUCUGUUUUGCAGACGACUGGUGUUUUUUUUUCACACUGAUGAUGGUGGUGUACUGUGCGGUUAAGUGUGAGCUCAUCACAUGUACGUGUGUGUUAGCCAUGGGUCUUGUGGGGACGAAACGUGUAAUUUUUUUUUUCCUUUUUUUUCAGUGCAUCUUCCAAGUAUUGUUGUAAAUACUUGGGUGUCACUUGCCAAAACAAAAUAAAACAAAAACACAAAAAAAGGUUGUAAAGAGAGGAAAAAAAGAUUUAGAUUUAAUUUAUUAUUUUAAUGACCUUUUAAUAAUUUAUUAACAAGCAAAACAAGUCAAAAGAAAUCAAACCUGAACGUUCGACAGGAGCAUGUAAAGUAACAUCGAUGCAGCUGAAAUUGUGAAACUUUUUUUUUUUUUUUUGGUGGUGUUAUGUCUCUGGAAAAAGAGAGUGUGGAAGAAAAACACAAAUGAGGGCGUGUACUGUAUACAAAAAAAAGACGAGUGCAAGAAUACAUGUUUCUCAUUUCUGUCAGGUUCCUUCUUCAUUUUGUCUGCCUAAAUCCCACCCUCCCCAGGCCACUAUUGAUUUGCAUUGUCUGAGCACAAGAAGCUGGAAAAAAGACAAGCCUGCACUUCAGGACCCUUUUAGAGAACAAUCCCACACGAGCUUGGAUAGGAAUCCUUGUGUUUUCUUUUUCUUUUUAUCUUCAUUUCUUAUCCCCGUUUCUUUUUCUGUUCCUCUUGUAUUUUGCAGAGAAGUCCCUAUAGAGUCUGUAUACUACUGGUGUUCUAUGCUUAUGUAUAAAGAGAGACAGAGAGAACAAAUAUGUUGAUAUUGAUAAUAUUGCAAAAACAAUAUUUUUAAAAAGGAUAGAUGAAGAUUCGACUCGGAAUUCCUGUAGCACAGCAGAUUUUUUUAAUUCUCUUGUAUUAUUUUGUUUGUUUCUUUGCAGCACAAUAAAUAAUUUGAAAAUA